AUGGAACUGAAUAUCUCCCAAAACAAUAACAGUCAAGUACUCAUCUAUGGCAAAAAUAUUCAAUCUAAUUUUUACAGGGUAGUACUGGCACAAGUACUUGUGUGUGUCUUCCUCUACAUCAACUUGGUGAUGCUUUUCUCGUUCUUUAAAAAAGAAGCCUUUCGACAGGAUACUCGUUACAUUUUGUUUGCUCACAUGUUGUUUGUUGAUACUUUGAUGCUGAUAGUAACAGACUUAGGAAUGCUCCUGAUGUACUUUUGUAUAUUGGUUCCAGGUGGGUAUUGUAUCCUGUUCUGUACAUUUAUGGAAACCCUUACUUUCUACACACCAUUAACUCUGACUGCCAUGUGCCUGGAGCGCUACAUUGCUAUCUGUAUUCCAUUGAGACACGCAGAGAUCUCCACAGUUCAUCGCACCCUUUUCGGUGUUCUGCUUAUUUGGAUACUUGGAUUCAUCCUCGGCAGUACUUCUUUAUUCACUGUACUUGCUACACAGCCUGUUAGUUUUUACGUGGAGAGUUACAUCUGCAGUUAUGAAAUAAUGCUAAUAUACGUCUGGCAAUCUGAUCUGAGAUCUUGCAUCUGCCUUGUGGUGUUCCUAGCAAUAUUCUUCUUUAUUGCAUUGACUUAUGUAAAAAUCAUGUUUGCAGCAAGAGCAGCCUCUGUAGAGAAAACGUCUGCCUCUAAAGCUCGACAUACUGUGCUUUUGCAUGCUGUUCAGCUUGUUUUAUCUUUAAUUGCUCUGGUUUGCCCUUUUAUUGAAACACCCAUUAUGCAAAUAAGUUUUAACAUUUUUUCAGAUGUGCGAUAUUUUAAUUUUCUUAGUUUUACAUUAUUUCCCCGAUGCUUAAGUCCUCUUAUUUAUGGUGUAAGGGAUGAAAAAUUCUACUCUGUUUUUUGCUAUUAUAUAAUCUGUGGAAUUAAUAAAUCUGUGUCUCCAAAAUUACAGAUGUAG